AUGCGAAGAGGAGCAUAUCGAGACAGUGGUCCGAUUGGAUUGUCGCAAUUCGAUGAUACGAUUAUUACGAAUCACAGUCAACAUCUUAAUGAGGAACCGUCAUCUCCGAAAGAUUAUAAUCUAAAUUACAGAUGUAUAAAUUUUAUGGAGGGUAAUUAUAAAUCUCAAGGAACGGUCGGCAGCGGUGUCUCAGCUGUUGAAGGAGCGCGCGUCACGGAACAAGUAAUCGGUGCGGUAGCGGGUGCGGGCCAGCCUAGUAUUGCAUCAUCGCCGACGCCCGCGCCGACCGAGCCACGAGCCAGCCCGCCAGCCAGCUCGGGGGCAGCGUCGAAACAUGCAGCGGGUGCAAUUGCGCGGUCUUUCGCCGAGGUAGCGAGCGCGGAGGGGAAGUGGAGAGUGGUAAUACUUCUAACUGCCAUGGACUCACUAGCAACAUUUGAGGUGACAAUAGGAUCAAUAUCAGUCAUGCUAUCUUUGCUAGCUAUUCCUAUAUUUCUGAUCUUCUACUUCGUAUUCAGGUGCAGAGUAAGGAACAUCGUGGAUAAUGAGAAAUAA